AUGAAGAUCCCGUUGGCCACUGGCCUGGUGAUUUUCCUCGCCUCUGCUGAAGCUGUGGGAGCUACCAGCUGGUGGAGCAAGGCCAUUUACAAUAAAUGGCACGAGACAGAGCUGGAGCGGUGGCUCUCUGAUCAUGACAUUCCCCACCCGAGUCCUGCCGACCGCAGAGAUCUUGAGAAUCUAGUCAAGAACAACUGGGACACCAAAGUACAGAAGCCUCUGGGCUCAGCAGCAGACCAGGCCUCGGAUCAGCUCCAUCAUGCCAGGGAAUGGGUCUUUGAUACCUGGUCUGACUCCCAGUUGAAGGCAUUCCUGAACCGCCAUGGUAUCCCAGCUCCUCAGCCCCGCAAGCGGGAUGUCCUGAUCAAAACCGCGCGCGAGAACUAUGAAACCAUUGCGAAAAAGGCGGGUGAGACAGCGUCGUACCCCGGCAACUGGUUGUAUGAGCAGUGGUCCGAGUCGGAGCUCAAGGAAUGGCUCGAUGAGCGCGGCUGGCCGGUCCCCCAGCCCACCAACCGGGACAAACUGAUCGCUUCGGUGCGCCGCAACUCUCGGCUGGCGAGUAUCCAGGCACGCGCCCUCGCCGCGUCGGCGUCGGCUUCUGCGGAGGCGGCCAAGGAGUCACUGAGCGAAGAGCUGUUCCAUGCCUGGUCUGACUCGCAGCUGAAGAAGUUCCUCGACAAGCACAACGUCAAGGUGCCCCAGGGCUCGAGGCGCAAUGAGCUCAUUGCACUCGCCCGGAAGCACCGCGCCUUGCUCGUCGACCAAGCUGAGAGUGCGUCGGCCGCUGCUGCCGAGGCCAUUGGUGCUGCCACCACCAGAGCGGGCAAUGAAUAUGCGCGCGCCACCGAUGACGUGAAGCUGAAGGCCCAGGAUGAAUUUGACGCUGCAGUCAAGGUCUGGUCGGACUCUCACCUCAAAGCGUUCCUGGAUGCACGAGGCGUCCCUGUUCCUCAGCAUGGUCGUCGGGACGAGCUGCUGGCCAAGGUCCGCGCCAACCAGCACAAGGCUGCCAGUGGUUGGAACGAAUACAACUUUGAUACGUGGGAUAAGGAACAUCUGCAAAGAUACCUGUCUGCCAUGAACUCUAAGGCCGCGCAGAAGGCCGAUGCCACCCGCGACGAUCUGAUCAAGCACGCCAAGGACUCCUACCGCAAGGCCUCCAAGGCAGGUGGCGAAAGCUACGCCUCGGCGACCUCGGCCAUUGUGACAGCCACCGGCGCCGCCAAGGACAGCACUUUCGACCAGUGGUCGCAUUCCGAGCUUAAGAGAUACCUCGACUCGUACGGAAUCCCCGUGUAUCAGGGCUCCAGCAUCAAUGAACUUCGAUCAGCUGCUCGGCGCAAUGCCCAGUACUUCAAGUACGGCACCACCACCCCGCAGGAUACCAUCUACGCCAAGGUAGUGGAGACACUGCAGUGGGCCUUGGAUCAGCUGAAGAUCGGCGCGUCUAGCGGCCGGGCACAGGGCCAGGAGGCUGCCGAGAAGGUCCGGGAGAAGGUCUCUGGGUCCACCCAGAAGCUCCGCCAGGAGCUGUAA